UUCCCGUUGGCUUGCUACAAUUUAUUUUGUGACACAGGUGAAAGGAAUACAUUGUAAAUUUUUUGAAAUCCAUCGUUUUUAUUAUUAUUUCACAUCAACAACUCUCUAACAAGAUGCCUUGCAAGUGACAUCAGAGAAUACAUUUCACAACAGUAAAUAUGCAGACAGGCUUUGCUCUACUAUGUGUCACACUCUGUAUCUUCACUGCACAUCUCUCAAGGACGUAUGGCAUGACACUCAUGAAUCCAGAGAAAAGGGGCUGGACUCUGAACAGUGCUGGUUACCUACUAGGACCUUAUGCUCAAGGAAGUCUUAAUGUAAGACACAGAGCUACGGUGGGCAGGAGAGACAUCUUGAAUGAGAUUUCUAGCUUACCAAUGUAUCAGACAUCAAAUGAUGAUUUGUAUCUUCUUUCACUGUUGGCUAAUCUUGCAAACCUGCACUCAAAAGAAAUGGCAGUGACUGAAGAUUUCAGUAGCCCUUACAGUGACCAUACAAAAAAUUAACCCAUUUUUACUUUUGAAAUGCUGUUACUCUGUACCAUCAUCUUUCAUCCUUUAUGUUACAAAUUCAUUUGUAGUUAAAAAAGUAGAAUAUAGAUCCACGUGCCAUAAAUCACACUGACUUGUUUAUUCAUCUUAUUUAUAUGUAGGCUUAAUCGAUCUUUCACUGUGUUGGUGUAUUGUUUUCUUCAGGGUUGAAAUAAAGUUAACAUUUAAUCUAAAUAAUAAAAAAAGACGUUUUAUCAAAUGGCAUUUAUUUCUGACUUCUUUAAGAGAAUUGAGGUUUUACCUUUCCAAAUCGUUCAAAGGAGAGAUAAUGCAGUAAUGUUUGCAAUAAUGGAGAAAAACGUUCUUGGCGCCAUCUAGUGGCACAUAGCGAAAAUGACUUGGGGAUACAAUGCAGACAACAAAGGAAAAAGGGUAUAAUGUAAAAAUAAUGCACGCCAAUUUACUAAGAAUUAGUAGCCUAUUUCACAAUCAUGUUCACUAUGGGUUUUUACAGAUUUUGGGUCAGUUUUGAGUUUUAUUAAAUGUUAAUAAAAUUUAAAUUACCCAAUUGUUUUUAUCCGGAUCAUCAAACAACAGAAAUGCAGUGUUACACCUAACACCAACAAUACUUUACAAAGAGUGACUGAGUAAACCGGGUUUAAAUGGUCUGACUUAACGAUGCUUAGAACUGCUGAAGUCUUGUUACACUGCUUUUCUUGUCACUAACAAGUCCAAGCAAAGGAUUAUGGGAGGUGUAGUUCAAUAUGGUAAUGAAUGCCCUAAUAAUUCACCUGACGGAUACAUAAUGAAGGAGAGUCAAUAAGCCUGUUCAUAUUAUUUAAUAAAACCAAUGAAUCAA